AUGGAACUUAUGCAGCCUUACUUGGACAGUGGAAGGUGUUUAUACGCGGAUAAUUGGUACACCAGUAUUGAUCUUGCAGAAAAAUUACUAGAUAGACAAACACAUUUAGUGGGAACGCUAAGAUCCAACCGAAAACGGAAUCCAAAAGAGGUGAUAGCCAAAAAACUAGUUAGAGGAGGAGUAAUUUCAAAACAAAAUCGACGUGCUUUUAUGGUACUGAAGUGGAGAGACCGACAUUAUAAUACAGGAAAAUCGUAUAUCGAUUUGACAGAUCAAUUGGGCUCCUAUCAAUCUUGCCUAAGGAAAUCUCUCAAAUGGUAUAGAAAAAUAAUGUUUGAUAUAAUAUGUAACACAUCUAUGAUCAAUGCUCUAUCAUUGUAUACUGGUGUAACUGGAAAUAGAAUGAAACUUGUGGAAUUUAGAGAAGCUGUCAUUCAAGGAUUGUUGAGGAAUAAAACUACAACACACGUACCAACACAAAAAAUAAAUGAACAUUUAUUGGAAAAAACAUCAAAAACUGGAAGGUGUAAAUGA